AUCUCUGCGAUGAAACCCAAGCGCGUGGCCUUGUGGUCACAUCCAAGAUCCUUGUCCACUGCCAUGGUGAUGAGCUUCGGUAACUAUGGCAAUGUGGAAGUCUUCAAUGAGAUGUUCGGAGGAGCGUUUGCCUUUGGUCCUGAAAGGAAGAUGCCCAUGCCGUUACCAGUUGAAGAACACCUGACAUUUAACAUGGUCAAAAGCCAGCUGGAAGCCGCUUACCCUGAUCGUGAUCUGGUCUUCAUGAAGGACCACGCCAUCUCCCUGGACAAGAAGUAUGAGCGACUCCCGGCAGGUUUCCAUCACACAUUCCUGAUACGAGAUCCGUCUCGUGCGGUGCCGUCUUCUCUCAAGAUGGGGCUGAGGGGCGGCAUGUCCGUGGAGCAGUACUUGCAGAUGUCGCAAGUGUUUGGGAAGACCAUGGGGUACGAGCACCUGCUGGACCUGCUGGAGCACGUGGAGGGCACGCUGCAACAGAGGGUGGUAUUGCUGGAUGCGGACGACAUCCGCCGCCACCCAGAAAAGAUGCUGCGUGCCUACUGCGACGCCGUGGAUCUUCCGUUUUGUGAAUCCCUGCUCACGUGGGAUCCCAUUACGGAAAUUCCUUGGCACAACCCCAAGUCCCUGCUGGCAUUCAACAAGGCAAAUGGAGCAUAUGAAGAUGCGCUUAAGAGCAGCUGCUGGCUCCCACCUAACCCAAACCCCCCCGAUCUGACCGAUUGUCCCCAGCCAAUUUUAGACAUGAUCGAGGCGGCAAGGUUAGUUUAUGAAAAGUUGUAUGCCAAGCGCUUGCAACCGUAACUUAUCAUCACAGAUACUAAGGGACUGACACCUUAGUGCUUAAAUCAUGUAGAAUAUAGCAUAUAGAUACACCUUUAAAAAUGUGUGAGUAUUAGUUUCUGCUGUUGCUGGCAAUAUACGUGUAGCACCUGAAAUACAAUGCAGGGCAAGUAGGAAGAUGGGAUUCUUCACAUGUCUUUCUGAAAUGUUCAUGUAUGAGUUAUUUGAGAAGUAUCAACCCAAUUGAAUAAUUAUUUUAUAAUAAUUUACUAAUUUGUAUAGUGCAAAUUUUAUAAAAAAAUAUAUUCAAAUGCACUUUCCAUAAAAUUUCUUAAAAUAAACUCAAAUAAUCAAUUCAUAAACAAAAACAAUCAGAUCUUAAAAAAUAAAAAUGCACUGAAAUACAUUCAUGACAUUAUAAAGUCAUAAAAAAACUAAAAUAAAAAAUAAGUUAAAUAGAUAUGAUAGAACCCUAAAUUUACUGCAAAGAAAAUGGAAAAAUCAUAGUUGCUUCGUAAUUGUGGCCCGCAUAAUGUACAUGUAUAUCAUUAUAUGUGUACUGUACUUGUUCAUGUGUUGUUUUGAGUGAAAGGGAUGUAGGCCUAAAGUGUGCUACGGCAAUUUUUAUUAAAUCAAUUCUCUCAGAAAUAUAAACAAAUUAACCUAUUUUGUGAUAAGAAAAAACAUUUAUUUUUGGAAAACUAUCAAAGAAAAAUUAAUUAUAUAUGCCUCAUGCAAAUUGGCAGUAUAUUCUACUCUAGUAAAACCUCUAGCAAUUAUGAGAACUAGACCGAUCACAUUGUAUGGAAGAUUUUGACUUGAAUAAAUGUUUAAUUUCAGAA